AUGGCUUCCGUCCCGAGUGUGCAAUGCUUCGGCAAGAAGAAGACGGCUACCGCUGUCGCCCACUGCAAGCAAGGCAAGGGUCUUGUCAAGGUUAACGGCCAGCCCCUCUCUCUGGUCCAGCCUGAGAUCCUCCGCUUCAAGGUCUACGAGCCCCUCCUGAUCGUUGGCGCCGACAAGUUCGCCGGUGUCGACAUCCGUGUCCGCGUCUCCGGUGGUGGUCACACCUCGCAGGUCUACGCCAUCCGCCAGGCCAUCGCCAAGUCCAUCGUCGCCUACUACCAGAAGUACGUUGACGAGCACUCCAAGAACCAGCUCAAGCAGGCUCUUGGCCAGUACGACCGCACACUGCUCGUUGCCGACAACCGCCGCGCCGAGCCCAAGAAGUUCGGUGGUCGCGGUGCCCGCGCAAGGUACCAGAAGUCCUACCGUUAAACGGGCAGAUCGACACACCGGUACAUCUUUUUUACGAAAAAAAAAAGUUUAUCUACAAAAUACGAGAAAGAGGGAUUACGAACAUGUCCCCUUUUUCAAUGGUGUUGGCUCUGCUUCGUUUGGCGGUGGUUUCGGUUGGGAGAGAGGGAUCAUUGGGCGACCGAGAAACGUCCUGUUCAUGGUGUUGUGGC